UGGUUUAGGUGUGAAAAAAAAAACAUGUAUAUCAUGUUUCAGAGGACAUUUCCUGCUUUAAAAAAGUUACAAAAUGCAAGUGGUUCUGAGAAGCAAUUCAGUUGGCAAAAUGUUUACUUGGAGCCAGUUUGUUCUUGAUGUUUUGUAUGUUUCAGCGAUCUCUCUAGCAACAGGUUCUGGCUCUGAGAUCGUUGGGGGUAGAGAAGUAAAGGCCCACUCCUCCCCUUGGAUGGUGUCCAUCCAGGUAUCCGAGAAACAUGUUUGUGGAGGCACACUGAUUAAGAGCCAGUGGGUUCUGACAGCAGCACAUUGUGAAUUGACUUUUAAUGGAACAAUAACAGCCCUCCUUGGAGCACACUCUCUCUCUAAGAAGGAAAAAUACAAGCAGCGCUUAGAAAUUGAGAAAUGUUUUAAGCAUCCGGACUUUGACAAGAAGACCAAAUUGAAUGACAUCAUGCUAAUGAAGUUGAAGAAGAAAGUGAAAGGGAAAAAAAUCAGUACUAAGAGUCUUCCUAAAUCUAAAAAAGACAUUAAAAAUGGAAAACAAUGCACUGUCAGAGGCUGGGGAACAAAAAAUGAGAAAAUAGUGAAAAUCUCAGAUACCCUCCAAGUGGCAGAUGUAAUAAUUGUAGACAGGGCACUCUGCAAUCGUUACUAUAAAGGAAACCCUAUCAUAACUGAGAACAUGUUGUGUGCUGGAAAUAAGAAGGAGAAAGAAGAUGCAUGCAAGGGAGAUUCUGGUGGCCCGCUACUAUGCAGUAAUGAUUUUGUUGGCAUUGUCUCUGGUGGGGGUGGAUGUGGUAACCCAGAGAAACCUGGUGUUUACACACGGCUCUCUAAAAAGUAUCUGUCCUGGAUUGCAGCUAUUAUGAAACAAAAUACGAAUGUCACAAACCAUUAGUUGCUUAGUACAAAAUGGCUGUUAAACAGCGAACUGCAGCAUCGUCUGUCUUGUGCAGUGUGCAUACAUUUUAGAAAUGCUCACCUUUUAUUCAGUAAACUUUAUUACUUUAAAAAAAAUCAACUCUGUCUACUCAUGAUCCCUAUUGCUCAUCUUCUAAGCUCUGUUUGUGAACUGAACAAAAAUAACAUUGCAUGUGUUGGUCAAUAGCUCAUUUAGCACUUGUAAUGGACCCCAGAUUAUCAAGGUUACCCUGGCUCUACAUCACUAGCAUAGCAAAUUAGUCUAGUCAAUUAGCCACUACUUUGUGGUUAAUAAAUCUACAGUAUAUGUUUAUUCUUCAAGUAUGUAGGACUCACUUAAAAUUUUAGAAUAAACCAGUUUGCAUCCACACAAACUGAAUAUCAGUUCUGGCCCAACCAUGGAAAGAUAUCUGUCAUGUAAGGAUCUUUAGUUACAGGAGAGAGGCACAAUUUUGCGCUUAAUGGUUGCUCUUUGUAAUAAACAUCUCCUGUUUUAAAAAUUCCAAAUGAAAAUACAAACAGUGUAAUAGAAAAGGGUGAAAGAUCAGUAAUGAUUUGCUUUUUUCCGGAUUCAUUGUUAUGAAGCACUAAAACUUUGUUGUUCAGCUUACAUAUUUUAGUGUUUCUGUUCUGUGUUCAUAAAGCAGAAGUGAAAUUAGCAAAUUACAGAUCUUUGUCAUAAGAAUAUAAUAAUGAGCUCUUCCUUAUGGUUUUUGUAAUUUAAUACAAAAAAGUUUCAAAUA